AAGUUGAGAACCCCUGUUCUCUCUACCUGGCCAAGCUAGGAGAACGGUAGAGUGUCCUCGUAAAAGCGAGCGAGAAAGGCGAUCGUGUAAAGUUGAAGGGGAUAGACGAUGAACGGGCUAGAGUUCGACGGUGUGGGCCGUUUAAAGAAGGACACCCGAUGUAUAGAGGCACAUAGAGAGGGAGAUAGAGAGAAGGCAUUGUACUCCUCGCCGUCGUCAUCGUCGUCGUCGUCGUCGUCGUCGUCGCCGUCGCCGUCGCUGUCGCCGUCGCCGUCGCGGUCGCCGUCGUCGUCGUCGUCGUCGUCGUCGUCGUCGUCGUCGUGGUGGUGUUGAGGCCGUUUCCAGGUGCCAGCGAGGAGGGCACACGCAGUCGGUGCUCGUCACGAGCCAGCAACCGUCGUCCUCCGUGCCACACCGUCCUCUCUUCUUCUCCAAACGUCGAGGACGCUACUUCGUAAAGUGCACCGCGCGUGUGGGUCGGCCGGACGAAAGGAAAUCGAGAGAAAGAGAGUGGGAGAGAAAGGAAGAAGAGAGGGGCAAGAGGAGGAGGAGGAGGAGGAAGAGGAGGAGAAGAGAGAGAGAGAGAGAGAGAGAGAAAGAUAGAAAGAAAGAGAGAAAGAGAGAUGAGCACGCUCUCCUACAGUCGCGCAAACGAAAGCCGAAUGUGUACGGGACAGCGAGCGUGUCACGGACGAGAUGUAAAGCUUCCCGCGAUCGAAGUACGGUGCUGUUAAAGCUGCGUUUCCAUCGGCAUUUAAAAUCGACCAAGAAAGAACUGCCAAAAACUGGAGCCCGUCAAGUCUAAGAUGGCUGGGCCAGGGACGGCCUCAGCCGGAGUUGGAGGCGGAGGAGGUGGUCAACAAGUAACAACGGCCUCGAAUCUCCCUGCUAACGCUUUGCUAAGCUACAAGAGGACCUGGUGGCGAAGAGUGGCCCCCUGCUUGGCUUUUCUGGCAGCUUUUUCAACCGCUAUGGCGUUACUUCUUGUUUGGAGCGAAGCUGCUGCAUUGAGAAGGCAAGCCUUCGACGCGAACAUGACGAGGGACUACGUACUUUACAGCGUUUCCAUGGACAAUCCUCAGCUGAUCGCUUACAUACGCGAGGUUCAUUUUAAACCAACGACUCAUCAAGAGUUCCUAAACGCUACGCAAACCUCCGAGGAGAAGUACGUUGCGAGUUUGACGCAAAAUAAACGCGAGGGUGUCUACAUGGAAUAUAUCAGCAGGAUAGGAGCAAUGUCCAGUACAGCCUGGCUCGAUUCGAAUUUGAAUUGGAGAGGCGUCUUGAUCCUUACAGAUCCUAGAAGCUUCUUCGAGGCUCAAAAAAGCAGUCGUAAUUCAAAAACGAGAGUACUUCAUUCUUGCUUGAGUACCGACAAAGUCAUAAAAGAAAUAACGUAUCAUCAAGAAUCCGAGGUCCAAGUUACCAAAUUAGGCGAAGGACCGAACAGUCUUGUGUCGUCGGACGAGAGUUUGCCGACGACCAGAUUGAAAUGUUUUCCUCUUUACAGUGUACUGUUAGCUUACAACGUCACAACUUUAGAUUACUUGAGUCUCGACAGUCCGGAUAUUCAAGAUGGACAGGUGCUAGACACGAUCCCUUGGGAAAUCAUAAGGAUAUCUGUUCUUUCUAUACGUUGGAGUACGCAUCAUAGCACGACGGAAACGAAGAAUCUCAUCGACAAGCUCAAUAGCAGGAGAUAUAAACUCGUCGAAACGACGGACACUGGAAAAAGGAUAUUUAUUUACAGCACUCUCUUAAAGAUCUAAUUCGUCCGAAUUAGAAGAUAUCGUCGUGGAUCGAUCAUGGACGUAAGGAGAAAGAGAAAGAAAGAAACAGACGAUUCUUGCCUUUCCAAAGUCCACGAACUUAUCGUAGAUCCUUAAAAUUUCGUCUGAUUUUGUUUUUUCUUUCUUUCUUUCUUUUCUCCGUCUCCGCAAAGAGACGUACUAUGGGUACUUAAAAUCAAGGAUCGAACGUCGUCGAGUAGUCCUGAUUUUUACAUUCGUUAGAAAUGUCCAAAUUUAACGAUCGUCACAUCUUAUUUUCGAUUCUCGCGCGACGAAAUUAAGCUCGCAAUGACGAUGACGAUAACGACAACGACGAUGACAACGAUGACGAUGACGAUGACGACGACGACGACGACGACGAUGACGACGACGACGACGAAAACAGCGACAAUGACGAUUUCGAUCUCGUUCGUUUAUGUCGGAUACAUUACUCUUUGCGAUUUAAUCGAUUUAAUCUUUUUUCGUUUUUCCCUUUUCAUCGGUUGUAUACCGUACCGUAUUUAACAACGACGAUCAAAAGCGAGUGAAAGAGAUUAGGAUUUUAUUUUCCGUCCAUGCGAACGUUACACAUGACAAAGACUGAGCUGAUCGAGCUUAAUCGCGAGAGUUAUCAGAGGAAGAAGGAUCGAACGAAUACGCGAUGCCUUAUUUACUUAUUUACAUGCAUACACACAUAUGCAAACACACACACACACACACACACACACACACACACACACACACACACACAGAGAGAGUAUGCAAACCAAAAAGCUACGAGAAAUAGUGACAUUUACUUUCGUACGAUUUUACAUUAUAAGUUCAUUUUUAAUCUAAUUAUAAGCUAAGUUAUAUAACAAACCACCGAACGUUUUACGAUGGAAAGCGUGUAUUUUAUUUUCUUUUUUUUUUCUUUUUUUUUCUUCUCCCUCUAUUGCGGAGAACUCGUUGCGUCGAUGAGGUGACAUGAAUGCAAGAGAAUGUAUAUGUAUGCGAGAGAGAGAGAGAGAGAGAGAGAGAGAGAGAGAGAGCGAGAGCGAGAAAGAGAGAGAGAGAAAGAGUACCUCUACAGAGAUAAUCCGGUGAGAUACUCCCGAAUACCUAAAGUACGGGCCUUACUAGAAUGUAAGAUGAUAUUUGAUAAGGAAAAUUUAGAAUGUUUUACAGCGUAGCAAAGAUAUCGGCUAAAGAAACGAGACGAAGAUCUCUUUGAUUAGAGUAAAACAAUAUCGAUCGAAUGGCGAGCUUCGAGAUACGAGUAAAAAUUUAGAUCUUUCGUCAAACGAGUUAAGUAUCAAUCGAUUUUUAUGAAUAUAAAAAUAAAUUGAAUGUACGACGUUUAAUCUGAAAAAAUAUCGGAAAGAAAUAUCAGAAACGAUCUUUGAUAUCGAUAUUUCUUCUUGCUACUGUAUUUUGCGAAGCUCACGUAGACCAUUCGCACGAUAUAUUUAUUCGAAGAGCCCGUGUUAUCCUUCGUAGAUCAUUCCAGGACUCGCCUAAAUCGAGACUCGCACAUUUUUGCUACUAUAUUACUUAUCUAUGUACGUAUGUACUCUGGUCCUCGUCUAAGACGUCUUACGUUACAUUUUUCCGCCCUUCUCCCUUUUUCCCUCCCCUUCCUCCUCUCCCUUCUUCUCAUCCUGCGACCACUUGAUCUUGUGCCUUUUUCUUCGUUUCUUCUAUUCGUAUAUUUUUUUUUUUUUUUCUUUUUUAUCAUACAUAUUAUUGAUAACGUACGUGUAAGUUGUAUUAUUGACGUCGAGUAAGUUUUUUUUUGUACCUUUGCUUUACAAGAGAGCGUCGAUUCCUUUUGAGAGCAAUAAAUAGGAAAUAUAUUUUGAAUCACGCUUACGAAUCUUUCAUUCAUUUGUAAAAUCCCCAAUAUGUAUUGUACAUUUCCGCUUGAAUCGCGAUAUCCAAGUUCGUGCAUUCGUUGACAUUCUAUUUGAAAUAAAAUCGAUCGCCGUUCAAAGCUCUAAUCGCUAAACAAAUCUUGUAGCUCGUUCGUUAUUGGCUUUGAAGUUGUGAUAACGAAGCGACUGCUUUCAUAGAAAGAAAAAGAGAGAGAGAGAAAAAGAGAG